AUGGGCCAAGGCUAUUCCUUAACCACCUUGUCGGCCGGCUCGGCCGGCAUCGACGUCCCAGAGCUCUCCGACAUGGUGUAUGAGAAAUCUCUAGGCUCCGCGCGAUUCAUGAAAAGCAUCAGAGCUCGGCAGCGGAAUGGCCUUGCAUUUGUCAAAGUUAUCAUGAAACCUUAUCCGAGCAUGCAGUUAGAUCCUUAUGUUAAAGCAAUAGCGCGUGAAAGGGAAUUGCUGGCUAGCGUCCCCAACGCCCUAGCUUACCAACGGAUUAUUGAAACCGGUACUAGCGGAUACUUGGUUCGCCAAUAUAUCCAUAGUUCUCUAUAUGAUAGACUGAGUACUCGUCCCUUCCUGGAGGACAUAGAGAAGAGAUGGAUUGCUUUCCAACUGCUAUGUGCACUUCGAGACUGCCACACCCAAGAAGUUUUUCAUGGAGACAUUAAAACAGAGAAUGUCCUGGUGACUUCUUGGAACUGGCUUUAUCUCUCUGACUUUUCAUCAUCAUUCAAACCGACCUUUCUUCCAGAGGACAACCCUGCUGAUUUCUCUUUCUACUUUGACACCUCCGGGCGACGUACCUGUUACCUCGCGCCUGAAAGGUUCUUGGAAGCAGGUGAAGAACCCGGAGACCGGAAAGUCAACUGGGCAAUGGACAUUUUCAGUGUUGGAUGUGUUAUCGCCGAACUAUUUCUUGAAGCUCCCAUAUUCACGCUCAGCCAGCUAUACAAGUACCGGAAGGGAGAGUAUAGUCCCGAACAUAGCCAGCUCUCAAAGAUUGAAGACUCCAAUGUCAAAGAUUUGAUACUUCACAUGAUUCAAAUCGACCCGGAAUCCAGAUACUCUGCUGAAGAAUAUCUGAACUUUUGGAGACACAAAGUGUUUCCGGAUUAUUUUUACAGUUUCCUCCAUCAAUACAUGUCUCUCAUAACCGAACCGGCAUCAGGGAGGACACAUGUUGAUGCCGAGGCCGGAAACUUUGGCGAAUCUGAUGACCGAAUUGAUCGACUGUAUCUGGACUUUGACAAAAUUUCCUACUUCCUGGGAUCACCACCGGUACAGGCCAAGGAUGGAUCAAAAUUGAUGUCGGCGAACCUGAUUUACCAGGCUCUUCCGGUACAGCUGGAUUUACCCAAUUCACAGCACGAGACUUCGAACAUGAAUCCUCAGGAAGGUGCCCUCAUCUUCCUAACAGUGGUUGUCUCUAAUCUGAGAAAUACAUCUAAGGCCUCCGCCAAAGUCAAAGCUUGCGACUUGCUAUUGGCGUUUGCUGAAAGACUUCCGGACGAGUCAAAGCUCGAUCGUAUUCUACCUUACGUGAUGACUCUGCUCAAUGAUCGAUCUGAUGUGGUUAAAGUUGCGGCAAUACGCACUCUAUCACAGCUUUUAUCAAUAGUCCAGGUGGUUUCACCUGUCAACGCGUACAUCUUCCCAGAGUACAUUUUUCCCAGGUUGCAACCAUUUGUCGCCGAAUCUUCAUUUAACCCCAGUCCUAUGGUUCGAGCUGCCUAUGCUUCCUGUAUCUCCUCACUAGCGCAAUCAUCUUUGAGAUUUCUGGACAUGAUUCAAGCUCUCCGGACCGAUACACGCCUGCGAUCAGUCAUACCAGCCGGUUCUGAAGCUAAUUGGACCGAAGAGGCAACCUUCCAUAACCUCUAUGACGUGGCAAGGGCCGAUCUUCUUGAAUAUUUCGAGGUUCACACAAAAGCUCUUUUAACAGAUAGUGAUUCUUCAGUUCGCCGCGCUUUCCUGGGUUCUGUGUCAAGCCUUUGCGUCUUCUUCGGCAGUACGAAGAUUAACGAUGUUAUUUUGAGCCACUUGAACACUUACCUCAAUGAUAAAGACUGGAUCCUGAAAUGUGCAUUCUUUGAAGCUGUCGUUGGCGUUGCUACUCAUAUUGGAAGCACAAGUCUUGAGGAAUUUAUCUUGCCCUUGAUGGUCCCGUCGCUUACAGAUACCGAAGACUUUGUAGUCGAACGGGUGAUCCGAUCCAUGGCAGCCAUGGCAGAUUUGGGCCUGUUUCAGCGGUCGACGACUUGGGAGCUGCUUAAUAUUGUCGUGCGAUUUUUCGCUCAUCCAAGCAUCUGGAUCAGGGAAUCCUCCGUUUACUUUGUCAUUACGUGCUCCAAAUAUUUAUCAUUCGCAGACAAACAUUCGAUACUCACUCCACUAAUACGGCCGUUCUUGAAAACGAAUAUUAUCACUGUGACAGAGGGUGAAAUCCUUGAUGCUCUCAAACGUCCAUUGUCAAAGAGCAUCUAUGAUAUGGCUAUUAUAUGGGCUCAAAAGUCAGAGAAGGGUAAUUUUUGGAAAGCAGCUAAUCGAGAGAGCACUUUCAGUCUCACUGGCAGUGACGCCAUCAUUGGCAGGGGAUUUCCGAGAAAUGUGUCUCUUGCCGCAAUAUCGAAGAAUGAAGAAGAUGCACAUUGGAUAUCAAGGCUGAAGAAUCUCGGUAUGACUCCAGAGGACGAGUUCAAAGUACUCGUCCUGCGGGAAUACAUAUGGAGGGUCGCUAUGAAAUCGCGUAAAACUUCUGAUGCGACCGAACCAAGCCUAUUGAACGACAUUUUAUCUCUCUCGCAAUACGGGAUCACGCCACAGACAGUGUUCUUUGAUAAAAACCAGGACGUCAGACAACGAAAAGUCUCAACGGACAACGUAUAUAGUCCGACAAAUGAGGAACCCAGGUCGCAUACGAUCGCUGACGCACUGCUUGAUGCAUCAACGAAUGUUGACACCCAGUCGGCAGCACGCCGGAAGCAUCAGCGAUCAGCAACGCAACCGCCAAAAGAUAGCAAUCCAGCGCGCAGAAGUCUGGCGAUUGCAGAAGGCAUAAGAGCCGACUCAGAUGGGCCCUCUACUUCAUCCUCACCAACCACUCAACCAAUCUCACAAGAUUCAUCCGCUCAAAACUCGGAUAUAGAGCGAGUAACAACAAAGACUUCGUUGGAUGCAGACAGGGCAUCAGAUCGGAGCAGCGUAGUGACCGAAACCGGGUCUCUAUCACAAAUCAACUCUCAGACCAGAAUUGAGAGAAAAUCAAGUGCUAUCAAUCUACUCAACCGCAAAGAAACGACCAAAGCUUAUGCCGAAACGAGUAUGAACUCGAUGAAUGCAUUUGGGAAAGUGGAUGUUCAUUCGCAGCAGAAAAAGUCUUCUGGCUCGCCUUUGGCAAUAGCAAGGGAGAGUAAUACGGGUCAACAAGCAACAUUACAACGAUAUCGUGCCGGGCAUUCAUACAAGGGUCGUGAUCCAAGGAUUUUGAGGCUGCUAGACGACGUGUUUGCUGAGAAUUACCCUACGGAUUUUUUUGAUUUGGGUCCAUAUGUCAAGGAAAUCGAUUCUCGGCGUCCAAUCCGAAGAGCUAGCGGCGAAGAAAGCGACAAGCCCUGGAGACCUGAAGGUGUGCUCGUUGCUUUGUUUGGUGAACACACUGGACCGAUUAAUCGGGUGGUGGUUGCGCCAGAUCAUGGGUUCUUUGUGACCGCCUCUGAUGACAGCACUGUCAAGGUUUGGGAUACUACGCGGUUGGAGAAGAACUUGACUCCGAGAUCGCGACAGACUCAUCGUCAUGCUCCUGGAACAAAGGUGAAAUGUUUGACCUUCGUUGAAAACACUUAUACAUUUGUCAGUGCCGCCACGGACGGGAGCAUCCACGCCGUCAAGGUUGAUUACCAGAACAUCAACGAAACAGUGCGGUACGGUAAACUGCAGAUAGUCCGGCAGUAUCAGCUACCAGAGGGAGAUGACGGCUCGAUUGAAUAUGCAACAUGGAUCGAACAUUACCGUUCAGAAGGACAGUCCGUGUUGCUCAUCGCUACUAAUACAUGUCGUAUCCUAGCACUUGAUAUGAAGACUAUGUUACCAUUAUACACAGUACAAAACCCGGUUCACCACGGUACUCCAAGAGUGUUUUGUUUCGAUCGCAAACACAGUUGGCUUAUUAUUGGAACAUCACAUGGUAUCUUAGAUUUGUGGGACUUGCGGUUUAGGGUAAGACUAAAAGCGUGGGGUCUCCCAGGAGGCACGGCGAUACAUCGACUGCAGAUUCAUCCGACUAAAGGGCGUGGCCGUUGGGUGUGCGUGGCCGGAGGCAGUGUACACGGUAGUGAAAUUACGGUCUGGGACGUGGAAAAAGUCCAAUGUCGAGAAGUCUACCGAGCAGCAUCGGCAUCGACUAUGGGGAGCAACCCGUCGACGCCAAGUACUCCGAAUAGUCAUCGAACCUCGGUAGUGAAUAAUCUAGCUGCCAUGCACACAGUCACCAAAAGCUACGAAGCAUGGCGCGUGGACGAAGAUCGUCCAGAAGGAAUGCUUAGCCGCUUUGCCAACCCAUCCGCAGCCGGGAUUGAGCCGAACAUAAACCCAGCAUCACCCAAUUCUUCAAGCCUCGGUGAUCCCAACGGUAUCUGUGCUCUGCACGUAGGAUACGAUAUGCCCGCGGACGGCAAGGAGAGCACAAAAUGCGGCUUUGCAAUUACCGCAGGAUCAGAUCGAAAAGUACGAUUUUGGGAUCUUGUUCGACCAGAACUGUCGAGUAUCGUUAGCGGGUUGGACAUUUCUGUGGUUGAGGCUGGGGCAGCUGCAAAACCGCGUUAUGAGACUGUGCAGCCUACGACGAGUCUUACGGUAACGACGGAGUUUUCUCCCAGUCUCGCGACGGUUACUGGUGGUGGUAGUGGUGGACGAAGUGGAAGUUCUUCCGGUAAGAAGGGGCAUAGUGCGAGUGCUUCGCGUCCUCCACGUAGUACGGUUAUUAGUCUUCAACAGCAGCAGUUGUUGAAGAGUCAUUUGGAUUCGAUUCUGGAUGUGGCUGUUCUGAGGGCGCCGUAUGGGAUGACUGUGAGUGUGGAUCGGGCUGGGAUGGUGUAUGUGUUUCAGUGAUGUUUCUACCUAGGUAGAAAUAGAACUUUGAAGAUGUAUUCAAGGUUACAAGAGUUCAAGUUCACCG